UGAAACGAAUAUAGUUUCCCGAAGAGUAAACCCUCGGCGGUUCCCAAAUUCCCCUACCACACCGAAGAAGCCAGAAUAUUUCCACCCAUGGAGGAGGCGUUGGCCGCGUCUGCAGCGGCAUCGGUGGCGGCCUCAGCUGCUGCGGAGACUGCCAAGGAGGCGGCGUUGGCGGCAUCUGCUGCUGCGAAGGAGCCGGCUGCGGCGGCGGCUGUGACUGCGACGGAGGCGGCGGUGACGGCUUCGGCCGCGGCGUCAAAUGCGAAGGAGGCAGCAUCUGUGGCGGCGACUACAGGGGCCGCCGCCGCCGCGUCGGCUGCGAUGCAAGCUUCCAAGAAGCGUAAGUUCCAUCUCCACGACGACCAAGAUACACCAGCCAGUGACAACCGCGACGAUGCUGAUGAGAGGAGCGUGGAUCACAUCAGCCGCCUCCCGGACGCCGUCCUCGGUAGCAUCGUCUCUCUUCUCGCCACCAAGGAAGGCGCCCGCACGCAGGCCAUCUCCCGCCGGUGGCGUCCGCUCUGGCGCUCCGCUCCUCUGAACCUCGUGGUGGGCCGUGAGCUCAUCAACAAGACCCACAAGCUCGUCGACCUGAUCCCAAAGAUCCUCUCCCAGCAUCGUGGCCCCACGCGCCGCUUCCUGCUCUGCUUCUGCAUCGACGACUGUUACGACAGGAUCGGGGGCUGGCUUAGCUCCCAGGCCCUGGACAGCCUACAGGAGCUCCAGCUCAACCCCAAGCACUGGUUCGCAGACAGGAAGAAGCUGUACCCGCUGCCGCCGUCGGCGUACCGCUUCUCGCCGACGCUCCGCGUGGCCAAAUUCCACGGCUUUCACCUCCCGGACUUGACUGGGCAGCCGUCGCUGAAGUUCCCCGUGCCUGGAGCAUCUGACCCUGGAGAGGGUCACCAUCUCGGAUCACGCUCUCCAGAGCAUGCUCUCGGGCUGCGCUGCCUUGGAAAGCCUCGAGCUCAAGGAAAAUUUGGGCAUUGGUCGCCUCUGCAUCAGCUCCCGAACUCUGAAGGGUCUGGGCUUCUGCGUUGACUCGAGGUAUGGAGGUGUGUUUCUGCGAGAGCUAGUCAUCGAGGACGCCCCGUGCCUUGAGAGGUUGCUGGCACUUGAUCCAAAGGGUGGCCCAGCGACCAUACGGAUAAUAUGUGCACCUAAACUGGAGAUAUUGGGUAUGCUGUCCGAGGACAUAUCCGAGCUCCACCUUGGAAGAACAAUUUUUCAGAAAAUGAUUGCUGCUAGUUUGAAAACCAAAAUGCACAGCAUGAGGGUUUUGUUUCUCAGCUCUGCUGGCCCUAAUCUGGAUGCAGUGGUCAACUUCCUCAAGUGCUUCCCCUGCUUGGAGAAGUUGUAUGUCAUUUUUCAGUCACUGUCACGCCCAAUGGAUGUUAUUAAUAAUGCGCAGAAGUAUGACCAACUGGGCCCAAUCGAAUGCUUUCAGCUGCAUCUCAAAAAAGUGGUGUUGAAGAAUUAUGAUGGAGAAAAGCGCUCAUCUAUUAACUUUGCCGAGUUCUUUCUUCGGAAUGCGAAAGGGCGAAAGGAAAUGAAAAUCACACUGCCUUACCACCGCCAGCACAAUUGGUUUGCUGAUCUACAGAGCGUGCUACGGUAUCAACUUAGAGCUUCUCCGGAUGCUCAAAUAGAACUGAGAUGUGGUACUAGGGAUUGUUUCACACGCAACAAGCAUACCCAUGAUUUGUCAAUGGACGACCCCUUUGACAUGCCGUCCAUCGGAUGCUGGAGGUGUAAAGAGUUGGGUCUAGGAGAUACCACAUACAAGGUUUAAUUAGAACUCGGGAUGCCUGUUGCGCUUGAAUGCUACUCCCUCCAUCCCAUGUAGUGUCAAAAAAACGUCUUACAUUAUGGGACAGAGGGAGUAGUUUUAAACUUUUAAUCUUUUAUUUAGUUGGUUGCCCUUGCCUCUUUGUUGUUUGGUCUUGUAUUGUAAGCUAGUAGCACCAGCAAUUACAAUAUCUAUGUAUAUUAACUGCUUUAGGGAAUAAAGAACCUUCAUGCCUUUUGUCUCAAGUGUCU